CACUCAACAUCUGAGCACCCUGUCAUCUACUGGGUCCCUAACACUGUGCACCCCAAUAUCUCCACGUUCUAGGCAGAGCACAGUCUGGUGCAGGUGCAAUUGUCUCUAGCAUUGAGCAAUUGGUAAUCAGUACCCCCACCCUGUUCUCAAUUACUCAGAGACAAAAAAAGCCUGCAAAAGACCACUGCUAAUUCACCUGCUAGAGAAACCAGGGAAAUAGGACGCCCUCCCAAGUGUGGUAAAGUGUGGAGGACCCCUAGGAGUACUUGGUAAAAGAUAGCCAUGAAAAAUCAAUCUAAGUUACCACAUUACACAGCCCAAAGCAGCCCCGCAAUGGGUAUGUUUAAUACCUCCAUGGGGAAACUGCAACAACAACUGUAUAAGGGGGAAUAUACGAUAUUCAAGUAUGCCCCAAUGUUUGAGAGUGACUUUAUACAGGUCAGCAAAAAAGGAGAAGUGAUCGACGUGCACAACCGUGCCCGAAUGGUGACUGUGGGCAUUGUUCGCACAAGCCCCCACCUUACACUACCUGAUGUCAUGUUGCUGGCCCGACCAGCUGCUAUCUGUGAUGACUAUAACAGACAUGGUCCUGCCACCCAAGAAAAAGGUUAUAAGCCUACACAGAUCUUAGAGCUAACCAGACUGUUUCCCUUGAAGUUUGUAACAAUAUCCAUCCAUAAUGGUAAAAAACAACAGCUCCGCCUGAAGCUUGCCACUGGCCGCUCUUUUUACCUUCAGCUGUGUCCUCCUUCUAAUACAAAAGAUCUUUUCGUUUACUGGGAAAACCUUGUUUACAUUCUGAGACCACCAGUAGAGGCUUACAGUGGUUCCCAGGCUAUCCCAGUUGGAGACACGCUGGACAUAACUGGGUUUGAAGAAGAGGACAAUAGCCCAGAGGCAAAUGUCAUUCAUUUCUAUGGAAGGGAUCAAGAUCAAGUUGACAUCAGGAGUCUUCACAUGAACCAUGAAUUGUUUGGGACCACCUCUUAUGGUUAUGCUGGGGAGGAAUGAAUUCAUCAUGCCUCCCACACUUAACUGCAUUCAAGAGUUCACACACUUCUGCAGUCACAAAGCCUACAGUAUCAGAGAAAAGGGCAGGGAUGGUGACAGGAGCAGCCUU